CCCGCGCAUUUUAAUUUCGCGGGAAGAGGCUUUUUCUGUAUGAAAAGGUUUUGUUUUGAGUCCGAUUUCCCCACCACUUGAAAAGAAAUGACUCUUCUUACAUCUAUUUUUCACAGACAGCUUGUUCCUAGUCCGUUAAGAAGAGGUUUUGCCGUCGAUUUUGCGCUAGACAGGUUCAAUUGCGUGAAAGAAGAUGAACAUCUCGUUCAAAGGCGAGAGAUAUUUGUUCCCCCGUUUGCAUGCCGUUUUAGCAAGGGUAAGAUCCUUUUAUUCUCUGAGGCUUUCCGUUUAUUUGUUAAUAGCUUUAUAGUACUUAUUAUAAAUUGUCUGGAUUUUUUUAUAGCUGGCCUUGGUGGUCACAUGUUGGGUAUAGCUGAUGAAGAUGGCUGGGUUCAAAUACUGGACUCCAGGAGAACUGGAUCAAGAUCAGUAAUUAAGGAAUGGAAUGCUCAUGAGAAUGCAGUGUUUGAUAUUGCAUGGAUGGAAGGGCAGGAAAUGUUGGUCACUGCCUCUGGUGAUCAGACUGUCAGAAUGUGGGAUGUCAAUCGUGAUGAAUGUUUGGCAGUGUUUAAAGGACACAGCUGUAGUGUGAAAUCUGUGGACUUCAGAGAGGAUGACAUCUUCAUUUUUGCCACAGGUGCGAGAGACGGUAACGUGAUGGUAUGGGACAUGAGAUGUAAUCGUCGCACAGGUCGCUUCUGUCAACCUGUCAAUGUAAUAUCCAACGCGCACACAGAAAAAGUCCCAGGAACUCCACAAACAACAAAAAAGAAAGCAAGGAGAGCAUCUACUCCAAGACCUGUCAUGAAUUCAGGGCAACAGAGUGUGACCUCAGUCUUAUUUCAAGGAAGUGAGAAGCUUAUAUCCACAGGAGCAAUGGAUGGUAAAAUCAAGAUCUGGGAUCUGCGCAAAAUUUAUACUAAUCUUAAACAGGACCCAGUGCCAUUUCAUACUUUCCCUUACCCUGGACAAGGAGUAAGAAAACAUGGUUUUUCAUCCCUUGUUUUGGACUCCACCCACUCACGCCUAUUUGCAAGCUGUACUAACGACAGCAUCUACAUGUACAGCUGUACUGCAUUGGGUCACGAGCCAAUCUGCGCUUUCUCAGGUCACCUAAACUCCACAUUUUACGUCAAGACAGCCCUCAGCCCCGAUGACAUGUACCUCCUCAGUGGAUCAGGUGAUAAUGACGCUUACAUCUGGAAAGUGUCAGACCCCGCUGCCCCGCCCUUCCUCUUAAAGGGACACACUGGAGAAGUGACAAGUGUCACCUGGUGUCCAUCGGAUCAGGGAAAGGUUGUAACGUGCUCAGAUGACAACAAUUUCAGAAUAUGGAGAAUGGAUUGUCAAGUACACAAGGGUGAUAAAUUUAAUGUGAUUGGUGAGAGUUACAGAGGAACUUCCCUGAAAUCCAAUUCCCCUCUUAAUGACAAGACAAGCCCAUCGAGACAUGAUAGAACACUAAGUCGUUCUCCCUCGAUAAGUCCUCAUCCAAAGAGGAUACUCUGGACUCCACCAACUAAAGUAAUCACCAAUCCACGAUUAAACCAGAUCUCUAGUCCUGUUGGCAUGGUACCAUCCAAUCCUCAGAGCCCCCUUAACAAGACCCCACCAAAGAUGCAAAGCCUUCAGUCAUUGUCUCCAAUGGUUUCUGCCAGUCCAACAAACUUACAAACAGGUUUCAAUUUUAUAUACACUUUGAUUUGGUUUUAUUGAUCAUCUCCGUUUCCUACUCACUAACUUAUUCCUCCAUUUGCCUCUAAAGGUUUACUAAC